AGACAACAAUGAACGCGUUGGCUAUAUUGCUUUUUGCCGUGGCCGCUGCCGUUCAGGCGCUGCCCCAGUAUGCGACGCUACACCGCAAUCUUACUCCUAUGGUGAAGACAAAGCCACUUGUGCCUGGACACCCAAAGGCUGAAAAGGCUGCUGGCCGCAUUGUAAAUGGCGCCCCAGCCUCACUCGGCCAGUUCCCACACCAGGCGUCCUUGAUCAUUGACUACGGCGCCAUGUGUGGUGGGUCGCUGAUCUCCGCCUCUGUCGUCCUAACAGCGGGGCACUGCGCCUCCGGGUUCAGCACGUGGGAGGUGAGGCUUGGACUCACCAGUCUCAGCAUUAUUGAGCCUAGCCGCGUGACCAUCGUCACCACGUCGGCGUCGGUGCACUCCGAAUACGACAUUGCAGUCCUCUUCCUGGGUACCAACGUCCCGCUAAACAAUUACAUCGGACUGGUGAACCUGCCUUCUCGCUCACAGGCGGGCAACAGCUUCGAGGGCCAGACCGCUACGGUCAGCGGCUGGGGCCUCAAUACCGACAACGGUGUCAUCCCAGACACGCUGCAGUACACGACACUGAACGUCAUGUCCAACACGCAGUGCAGCCAAUACUUCGGCGGUCCCAUCUACGACUUCACACUCUGCGCCAUCGGAUCCAGCGGACAGAGCACCUGCGGCGGCGACAGCGGCGGCGCGCUGGUGGUCGGCUCACAGGGAAGCUACACGCAGAUCGGGAUCGUCAGCUGGGGUUCGGGCAAGGGCUGUGCGAGCGGAGACCCGGCCGGCUUCACCAGGGUCACCUACUUCCUCGACUGGAUCUCAAGUACCGCCGGCAUCACCAUUCCGUAA